CUCGACUCCCACGUCAAAUCUCUCCUCCCGCCAUUCGCGUCAGCAUUUCUUGCGGGAAGUGAAUCUAAGAUAUUCUCAGAGUCCCCACGAGCUCUUCUCAAUAUAAAUAAUGCCAUCGAAGUAGUCUAUUGGUUUUGUACUGCUUGCAUGUGCAGAGUUUCGAAAUCAAGGAAGAAGAAACGGGAGAAACGGGAGACAGGAUUGUAUACAUAUGACAAAACCCGCAGGAAUUCCGAUGCAUUUCGACAUGGGUCUGUCCACAAUCCCAUUAGAAAAUGGUAGAAAUCCUAUAUUCUAUAAUUUUGGAGCACACCCCACGAACCUUCCAUGCACCAGUAAUGGUCAACUCAGCCGGUUUCCCAUUUCAUUGGAUUUUAUGGUUUGGGUGUUGGUUCUCCGAAUCUGUGGACAGUUUAGAAUCUUCGAUUUCGAAAAAUACGUUUUGGGUUUUGGUUUUUGUGGAUUGAUUUGACGAGAAGGGGAUGGAUUUGGGCGAACAGAGGUCUCUGGCUGAGACGCCGACAUGGUCAGUUGCGACAGUGACGACGGUUAUGGUGGCGGUCUGUUUCGUAGUGGAGAGAUCGAUUUAUUGGUUUGGGAAGUGGUUGAGGAAGACAAGGAGGAAGGCUGUUCUUGCUUCUUUGGAGAAGAUCAAAGAAGAGCUCAUGUUGCUGGGCCUCAUAUCUUUGAUGUUGGGCCAAUGUGCGAGGUGGAUCUCUGAGAUUUGUGUCGAAUCGUCUCUUUUCAGCAGCCAAUUCUAUCCCUGUUUGGAGGAUGAUUUCGCCAGCACUAACAAUAUCUUAGGUACUGGCUCUGACUCUUCGAAUCGGACGACUAUCCCACAAAGACAACCUGGACCAUCUCCCCAUCAUUGUAGUAAGGGUCAUGAGCCAUUCGUUUCGUACGAAAGUCUAAAACAGCUUCACCGCUUCCUGUUUCUUCUUGGAAUUACUCAUGUCUUGUAUAGUUGCAUCACGGUUGUUCUCUCAAUGAUAAAGAUCUACAGUUGGAGAAAAUGGGAAAACCAGGCAAAUCCGUUAUCUGAUGAAUAUUUACAAGUAAGGAGGAACAUGUUUAUGAAGCGGCAGUCUACCUUUGUUUUUCAUCAUACCUCUCACCCAUGGAGCAAGAACAAGAUUCUCAUUUGGAUGAAUCACAAAUUGCCACUUUCUUACAAUUUCCAUAAAUAUAUGGUGCGCAGCAUGGAGGAUGAGUUCCAUAAAAUAGUGGGCAUCAGCUGGCCACUUUGGAUCUAUGCCAUAUUGUGUAUUUUUGUAAACGUUCAUGGACUAAAUGUCUACUUUUGGCUUUCUUUCAUCCCUGCCAUUCUGGUCAUGUUGGUGGGUACAAAGCUUCAACAUGUCGUUGCCCAGUUAGCUCUUGAAAUUGUGGAAGCAACGGGUCCAUUUGCAGGGAGUCAAUUAAAGCCUCGUGAUGAUCUCUUUUGGUCUAGAAAACCAGAACUUCUGUUGUGGUUGAUACAAUUUAUCUCCUUUCAGAAUGCGUUUGAAACGGCGACAUUUAUCUGGGCAUUGUGGCGUAUAGAGGUGCAAUCAUGUUUCAUGAAGAACCAUUUAAUGGUUUCCAUUCGUUUGGUUUCUGGGAUACUGAUUCAGUUUUGGUGCAGCUAUAGCACAGUGCCUCUCAACGUCAUCGUUACACAGAUGGGAUCCAAGUUCAAGAAAGCUUUGAUUGCUGAGAGUGUCAGAGACUCACUUCAUAGUUGGUGCAAAAGAGUAAAAGACAUAUCCAAGCGCGAUGGAACCACGAGAUCAGUCUGUUCACUCGAAUCAACAAUAGAUGAGAGAGAUGAAAUUAUUACGGUUGUAUCAGGCACUUUGUCUCGGUGCUCUUCCAUAGCCACACACAGAUCAUUCUCACUGAAGCAGCUUGAUGAAGUUCAUAUAGAACCACAGGCAGUAUAUGAGAUAUCAGAUCAGCCUGAACACGAUGGGUCUUUGCAGCAUCCAUGCAUGACAUCUAGUUCAUCCCAAUAAAGAUUGUCGCACGAGUCAGACUUGCCCGCAGACAGUGAAAAUGAUGCAACCAAUGAAGAAGAUUGGUAAGUACAGUUGCAUCUUCUCCAUUGGUUUGAUAACACAAAAUGUUAAGACUUGGAGGUUAUCAAGUUCGAAAGAGAACAUAGCUGCAAAAAGGAGGCAUUAAACAUGAUGAAAUGAAUUCGUUUCACCCAAGUGACACUAUCAUUUGAGGCAUAAUUGUUGUAGAUCAGUGAGCUACUCAGCAUUAACCAUUUUAGGGGGUUUUGAAAUAUCAUGCAGUAUCAAAACAUUUGGUGGUUUGGUUGGGAGCGCAAUAGUUUGCUUGUUGGGAUCAGUCUCUUAGUUCCAUGUUCUGAUGUUGAUGCAGGAUUAACCUGUUAUCAGUUUCAUUUUGGUGGAUUUAUAUAAUACUCAACCUAUAUGUCCUAGAUGGGAAGAUCCUAAUAUUUUGAUCAUUGGCCUUUUUUCAUAAAUGAGAACUGUUAUUUUCCUUC